CUGCAGGACCCGACCCGCCCGUUGCCAGCCCGGAGAGGGGCGCAAGGGUUUGGUUGGUUUGCUCGCCGACGCCGCGUGCUCUCGGUCGCCGUCGGCGUGCUCGCACGCCUGCGGGUUUCUCGGCUUCCUCGUCGCUCCGUAGCCGUCCCUCUCCUUCCGGCGACGACUCGGGCGGUCCCCGCUCCAUCAGCGCCCGACGGGGAAAACCUCGAUCGGCUGGCAUCGUCAGAUUUUGAGAACAUGGAUCCUGAAGAUCUUAGUGAUUCUGAGGAAGAAGACGAUGACCUGAUGCUAUUCAUCUUGCCAGCAUUAUAUCUAGCUUCUACUGAAAUUGCGACACCAGAUCAUACAUCAAAGUUUAGUGUUGCGGAAAGGAUUUGCAAAGUGCUGGAAGAUGACCGGGGUCAAGGCUAUGAUAAACUUCGAGUGGAGCCUCAUAUUCUUCAAGAGUUUUCAAGCUAUCUUAGGUCAAAAAAUCUUUUGCGAAAUACAAGAGGUUUUUCUGUAGAAGAGCAAAUUGGCAUGUUUAUAUACAUGCUAUCACAGAAUGCCAGUUUUCAGAAAUUAAGCAACAGAUUUGAGCACAGUACAGAGACUAUCCAUAGACAUAUCAAGGCAUGCUUUGAUGCAGUCACCUCAUUGACAGAUGAAUUUGUCAAGCCUCCUUCAACCGAAGUUCAUUGGAAGAUAUCAUCUGAUCCACAUCAUGGGCCUUACUUUGAGAACUGUAUUGGGGCAAUUGAUGGAACUCAUAUCCCUGUGAGAUUAUCCGAUAGUGAGUCUGCUCCAUACCGGAACAAAGAAGAAUCCCUUUCUCAAAACAUGAUGCUUGCUUGUGAUUUUGAUUUGAAUUUUGUCUAUGUCUGUUGUGGACGGGAGGGGUCUGCAUCUGAUGCUGCAGUCCUAUAUUCUGCUAUGGAGUCUGGAUUUCAAGUCCCAGCAGGCAAGUAUUAUUUGGUUGAUGGGGGUUAUGCAAACACGCCAUCUUUUAUUGCUCCUUAUAGAGUAGUCCCUUACCAUACUGAAGAGCAAGAGCAGAGCAAUUUUCAACCAAGAAACUACAUGGAGCUUUUCAAUCUUCGUCAUGCACAGCUGCGCAACCACAUAAAGCAUGCUAUAGGCCUACUGAAGAUGCGAUUUCCGAUUUUAAAUGUUGCAACAUCUUAUCGAAAAGAAACUCAACUGAAAAUUCCAGCAGCGGCAGUGGUUUUGCAUAACAUAAUUUGGAGACAAAGAGGUGCUGAAGAGUGGUUAAGUAACCAAACAGUCCCAUUUUCAACCCGUAAAAUUGUGUCUCUACCUAGUGGCGAUGAUACAUAUGGCAAUGAUGUUGCAGCUUUGAACAGUCAAUGCACCAUGGGUGAUGCUUUAAGAGACGGUAUUGCAAAGAGGAUGUGGGCAGAUUAUGAAAGAAGCUGGUAGUUUUUCAUUUCCUGGGACCAAAUUGGAGAAGCAGCAGAAGUGUACAUUCCAGAAAUUAUGGAGAUUUGUCUGAUUUCAGAAUAGAAGAAGCUGACAUAAAAGAACAUCAAGGCAAGUAAAAGAGUGCACAAUUUCAAUGUGCUUCUGAGUUGUUAGAUGUUACUUGGUACAGAUGGUUUGUCUGAUGACAUCCAGAUCCUUGACCCUGAUGCAUUUGACGAUGUAAUAAAUCAAGAGUUCUCUUUGCUGUGAAUCAAGACUUCCAUGGUUUGCAGUUGAAGAUGAAAGUGGGCAUGCUUUGUACUAAGUUUACUUCCGCCUGUAAGUUGGCAGUUUCAUGUCCUACAUUUGUUUUGAAUGUCUAAAAGUCUGUGUAGGACUGGGAACAUUUGAUUCAGAUGUAGUUCCUGCCGUAACCACUAAAAAAUGAGGUGUAGGCAUCAGGAUGCUUUCUAUGUAUGGAAAGUGGGUUUUCUUGUGCCAUAUUUCAGGUUCGCCAUAGCUCUGAUGAACUUCGCAAAGUGAGAAUAUUCAUCAACCAAGAAGUUCAGGUUACCUGCAGUUUUUCUUUCUUUGGCUCCACCGGCUCAGAAGUUAACGUCUUUCCAUCAGAGCUAUAAUUAGAAGUUAUGUUCUGUUGAGUACCUGUCUGUGCAAAGUUCAGGUUAAUACUCCACUCUACUCAUGUCUCAUGGAUCAUUAAUCGUUACAAAGUUAUAAUUA